UACAAUAAUCAAUUGCGCUUAGGAAAUGGAAAAUCCUCGAUUUCAAAGUGUUUUUCCUUCUUUUUUUUUUUUUUAUUUUUUUUUGCAUCAAAAGACAAAGUUUCAUUUGGUGAUAAACCAUUGACCCAAUGGCAACUGUAAUCUUGUUUCGAGAAUCUUGUGACUUUGCUUCAACCCGCAUGUCUCUUUCAUAAAACUGAAGCAACUAUAUUAUCAUGGAGCAAGUCAGUUAGGCUAUAUGGGUUAUACGGAUGAUGGGGCCCGGACUGUAUACAGUCCCCGGCAAACCCCAGUACAUAUGAGUCGAUUUUUAAUCAAAGGUGCUAUCUACUAGGCACUAGAGCUAGGUCUGUUGGUUUUCCUUAAAGAUUCAAAAAUAUAAGCAGUAUGUUGAAGAAUAAGACCCACAGGGAGCUACUUCAUCUUUCCAAGUGCAUUGUCCAGCCAUUGAUCCCGCAAUUCCAUAAAGGUCAAGCAGGAAAGGUUGGAGUCAUAGGGGGAUGUGAAGAUUAUACUGGAGCACCGUUUUUCCUGGCCCAUUCAGCAGCAUUGGUUGGAGCAGAUUUAAGUCAUGUUAUCUGUGAGAAGCUAGCAGCUCCGGUUAUCAAACUGUACACCCCCGACUUGAUGAUUCAUCCGUACUUGUAUGAAUUGUCAAAUCCUGACAUUGAGAAAUAUAUUGAUGAUUCAGAAUUGCAUAAAUUGCAAUCAACGUCCAUCGAGGAGCUUUUGAAUUCGAGGCAGCCAAAAUUAGAUGAAAUAAUCGAUAAAAGAGUAAUGCCCAAGAUGGUGACGUUACUCAAUCGAAUGGAUGUAAUCAUCAUUGGACCAGGAUUUGGAAGAGACGCGUUGAUGUUGAAAACACUUAUACGUUUAAUAGAAGAAAUUCGGGUUUUGAAUAAACCGAUAAUUCUAGAUGCUGAUGCCUUGUUUUUACUAUCAAUAAAGCCAAGCUUAAUCAAAAAUUAUUCGAAGGCUAUUCUUACUCCCAAUGUUGUUGAGUUUGAUCGUCUUGCUAAAGCUCUUGGUAUUAAGAAUGAUUUGAAAAAUCAGGAACUUGAUCAUGCUGUCAAUAGUUCUCUUGAACUAUCGACCAAACUCGGUGGGGUCACUGUCAUACGUAAAGGUGGCCAAGAAGUCAUUGCUAAAAAUGAUCAAUUCUUGGUGAACGAUGUUUCGGGAUCUUUAAGAAGAGUGGGUGGCCAAGGUGAUACAUUAACUGGAGCAAUUGCCACCUAUGUCAAUUGGGCAUAUAAUUAUCAAAAUAAAGUCUGGGAUUCUCAGGAGGGAAAACUCACCACUGAUGAAUCGGUUUUACUUGCAUGUUUUGCUGCUUGUACCACCGUUAGACUAGCCAGUGCUAAAGCAUAUAAGCAAUACAGUAGAUCGAUGCAGACCUCCAAUGUCCACGAGUUCUUGGGCCAGGCCUACGACGAGUUAUUUGAGGCGGAAACCUUGAUCAAGUUGUAGCAUUUUUGCAGUUAAAUAUAAGUUUUGUUAUCGUAAAAUUCUGUCUUCUCACGUGAUUGUUAGUCAAUUUGUAGUCGUC